CGCGGUCACGCACACAUACACAGAGCUGGCGCGCAGAGCAGUGGCACCCAUCCUCUCUCUCAGUGCGACUCCUCCGAGGGAUCAGGAGUAGACUAAGUCAAACUUCCAGCAGCUUGAGAUUCAUGCGCAACCUUUGGAGGACGCGGAACGUGAAGGUGUUUGUGGUGAUGUUGCCAUGUUCCACCUGCUAUCAGGUCUUGUCUUUAUUUAUCCAGGAUUGAUGUCCAGAUGGUGUGCCCCUCCAUGUGUGGUCCAGUUCGAGUCUCCCUAACUAUUUCAUGGGCCACAGACCCAAACACCCACAUCCCUGCUUCACUCACAAACCUCACCACCCAUAAUACAGCCCCUCGCCUUCUUGCACCUCACUCUCCUUCAUGCCUCACAUUCUGCCAGUCCUGACUCUCCCUGAGCUCACCAUGGUGGCCCGUAUUGCUGCUUUAGUCCUGGCUAUGAUGUGUCGUGGUGUCCUUCUAUCCGUUGGAGACCCUCCUCAGUCCCGUCGGGAGGUCCGCAUCGAGGGUGACCUGGUACUUGGAGGUCUGUUCCCAGUGCAUGAGAAAGGUGCUGGAAUGGAGGAGUGUGGGCGCGUCAAUGAGGAUCGAGGGAUCCAGAGGCUUGAGGCAAUGCUGUUUGCUAUAGACAGAAUCAAUAUGGACAACACUUUGCUGCCAGGGGUCUCACUUGGGGUCCACAUUCUGGACACCUGCUCAAGAGACACCUAUGCACUGGAACAGGCUCUAGAGUUUGUAAGAGCUUCUCUCACCAAAGUGGACGACACAGAGUUCAUCUGUCCAGACGGAUCUUAUGCCCUGCAGGAUGACAGUCCACUUGCAAUCUCUGGAGUCAUAGGAGGAUCUUUCAGCAGCGUCUCUAUACAGGUUGCCAAUCUUUUGAGGCUCUUCCAGAUCCCACAGAUAAGCUAUGCGUCUACCAGUGCCAAGCUGAGUGAUAAGACCCGCUAUGAUUACUUUGCCCGCACGGUGCCCCCUGAUUUCUACCAGGCGAAAGCCAUGGCUGAGAUUCUUCGGUUCUUCAAUUGGACAUACGUGUCCACUGUGGCAUCGGAGGGUGACUAUGGUGAAACAGGUAUAGAGGCCUUUGAGCAGGAAGCUCGUAUGAGGAACAUCUGUAUCGCCACUUCGGAAAAGGUGGGACGUUCCAAUGCUAAAAAGUCCUAUGAAGCUGUGAUCCGUCAACUUCUCCAGAAACCCAACGCCCGCGUGACUGUCCUCUUCCUGCGCAGUGAUGAUGCCAGGGAGCUGCUGUCAGCUGCUGCCAGGCUUAAUGCCUCCUUCAUAUGGGUCGCCAGCGAUGGCUGGGGUGCACAGGAAAGCAUUGUCAAGGGAAACGAGGUCACUGCUGAAGGAGCCAUCACACUUGAGCUGGCAGCCAAUGCUGUGCCAGAAUUCAACCGCUAUUUCCUCAGCCUGAACCCAGUUAAAAACAUUCGUAAUCCGUGGUUCAGGGAAUUCUGGGAGCAGCGCUUCCAGUGCUCUCUUGGGGGAGGAGGUGGAGGUGGUGCCGGACUGGGAGGGACACCUCUCCCACCAUGUAACAAGGACUUGGCAAUGGACAAGACCAGCUUUGAACCAGAGUCUAAGAUCAUGUUUGUGAUAAAUGCAGUGUAUGCCAUGGCCUACGCUCUGCAUCACAUGCAGCAGAGUGUGUGCUUCAACACCACCAAGCUGUGUGACAGCAUGAAGGCCUUGGAUGGACGCAGACUGUACAGGGAUUACAUCCUUAAUGUCACUUUCACAGCCCCUUUCUCUCCUCCAGGCAGUGAGACUGUAGUGAAGUUUGAUUCACAAGGGGAUGGCAUGGGCCGGUACAACAUCUUCAGCUACCAGCGAUACGGCGAUCGUUUCAGUUACGUGCCAGUAGGCGAAUGGGCAGAGACUCUGAGUAUGAGUGGUGACUUGAUUCGCUGGCCCAGAGAUGCAGUGCCGACCUCUCAAUGCAGUGACCCCUGUGCACGCAACGAGAUGAAGAAAAUGCAGGCAGGUGAGUACUGCUGUUGGAUCUGUACAGCCUGUGAGCCUCAUGAAUACCUGGCUGAUGAGUUUACCUGCUCACCAUGUGUACCUGGCCAGUGGCCAACUGAAGAUCUAACUUCCUGUUACGACCUACCUGAAGACUACAUCAUGUGGGAAGAUGCCUGGGCCAUUGGUCCAAUUACUAUUGCUUGUGUGGGGUUCUUGUGUACUGGUCUGGUCUUCUGGGUGUUCAUCCGACACAACAACACACCGCUGGUGAAGGCUUCAGGCCGGGAGCUCUGUUACAUCCUCCUGUCAGGAGUCUUCAUGUCUUACUCCAUGACUUUUCUCUUCUUGGCCAAACCUUCGCCUGCCAUCUGUGCCCUGCGGCGCCUGGGCCUCGGAACAUCAUUUGCCGUCUGCUACUCUGCCCUGCUCACCAAAACCAAUCGAAUCGCUCGGAUUUUCAGUGGGGUGAAAGAUGGAGCGGGCGCUGCGAGGCCACGCUUCAUUAGCCCAUCCUCUCAGGUAUUCAUCUGUCUGAGUCUGAUUUCGGUUCAGCUGGUGAUGGUAUCUGUGUGGCUGCUGCUGGAAGUACCGGGGACACGGCGCUUCACGUUGCCAGAGCGACGACAGACUGUCAUCCUCAAGUGUAAUGUUCGUGACUCCAGCAUGCUGAUCUCACUGGGAUAUGAUGUGCUGCUGGUCAUCCUGUGUACUGUGUAUGCCUUCAAGACCAGGAAGUGCCCUGAGAAUUUCAAUGAGGCCAAGUUCAUUGGAUUCACCAUGUACACCACCUGUAUCAUUUGGCUGGCCUUCCUUCCCAUCUUCUAUGUUACAUCAAGUGAUUACAGGGUUCAGACCACAACGAUGUGUAUCUCAGUCAGUCUGAGUGGCUUUGUGGUGCUGGGAUGCAUGUUUGCUCCCAAGGUUCAUAUUAUCAUGUUCCAGCCGCAAAAAAAUGUGACCAGCCACAGGCUUAACCUCAACCGCUUCAGUGUCAGCGGGGCAGCUGCCGCCACAUACGCCUCUCACGCUUCAGUGAGUGCCCACUACGUUCCGACUGUGUGUAACGGGAGGGAAAUCGUCGAUUCCACUACUUCUUCUCUGUGACCACACCCACUCCACUCUGAACCCAACCCUGCGACUGUUAGCCAAUCUGUAAACAUUGUUCCCCCAGCCCAGAACACACAACAUCCUGCAUACACUUACACACACAAAUCCGUGCACAAACACAUACCUUCCUCGUGGACUAGAACUGUAUUGUUUCACAAAUGUAGAAAACAUGUAACUAUAAUUAAAUUAUUUUCUAGGGAUGUAUAUACGUGGAAAUGACAUUGUUCUAAGUAGAGAAACAAAAGAACAAAAAAAGUUUUUAGGAGGAUUUUUGGAGCCUUUGUUUUUAAUAGCUUUGUAAUGACGCAGUGUAAAUAGCCAUGCGCUUACUCAUGCUAGGAAGGCGUGUGUCUCUCAAUGCGGACGCAUAUUUGUGGCUGUGCUUGCCUCACCUGCAAUAUCACAGACUUUUUAUUCUCAUGCUUUUUUGUAGAUCUCAUUGUAAUAACUGGUUAUGUAUACAUUUCUAUUGUGUAACUGUACAUUUGUAUAUUAUACUACUGAUGGUUCAAACAGCACAAUGUUGGCAGUCUUGUAAUUAUCGAGUGAAUGUGGAUGGAAGCACAAACAGAAUGGAAUGGACAUAUACAAAAAUACAUCAACUUCUCUGAUUUAUACUUAGUCCAUGGGCCACACUGGAUAUUAGUACCAUCUGGGG